AUAACAAAAAAAUACAUACUAUAUGUAUGUAUUAUAUACUGAGAGUGUAGGAAUGAAAAACAAAUCUAUUUAUUGAAGCACACACAUAGAUGUGUUUCGAUAAAAGUCGACGCGCAUGCGCGUUGCUUUGUGGCGGGAACCGCCUGUGGCGGCGCCACGGCGAGGUACGGCGCCCGCUGGAAGUAAACGACUCCAAUAUGGCGAAUGUGAGGGAUAGCGAUACGUCGUUGUGGCUGCAUAACAAGCUCGGUACAUCAAACGAUAGCUGGACCGGCAGUUCGAUCUGCUCGCAGCUCAAUGCCGAGGUACUGCGGAACAUCAAGGAUUGUUUUCCCGACCUGCAAACGCAGGUCAAGCUCAAACUGCUCCUGUCAUUCUUCCACAUACCAAGGCGCAAUGUGGAAGAGUGGCGUGUGGAGCUGGAGGAGAUUAUUGAAGUUGCGUCUUUGGACAGCGAGCUAUGGGUAUCGAUGCUAUCCGAAGCGAUGAAAACUUUUCCAUCAACUGGUUCUUUGAACACAGAUAUUACUGAUUUAGAUGAACAUAGACCUAUUUUUGGCGAACUGGUUAAUGACCUUCGGAAACUUUUGAAGAAACAAAAUGAUCCUGCUAUGCUUCCCUUAGAAUGUCAUUAUCUUAACAAGACUGCAUUGAUCUCGGUAGUAGGUCAACAACCUACACCGGUCAAACAUUUCACUCUCAAGCGAAAGCCCAAAAGCGCAGCCUUGAGAGCAGAAUUGCUUCAAAAAAGUACUGAUGCUGCUAAUAAUCUCAAAAAGAGUACCGCUCCCACUGUACCAGUAAGAAGCAGAGGCAUGCCGAGAAAAAUGACUGAUACUACACCAUUGAAAGGGAUCCCAAGCAGAGUGCCAACGAGCGGUUUUCGAUCUCCUUCACUUACGAGCACUUCAAUGUCCAAUAGAACGUCAAUUAGUAGUAGAAUCCGAAAAGAUGGUGGUAUUAAAUUACUUGACAUUAAUGAGCAACCUCUCGGAUACGCACAAGCAAAAAAGAGAAAGAGGAUGCUGGAAUUGGAAGAGCAGCAGAAGAAGGUCGCAGAAGCGCAAGCGGCUGCUGCAGCGGCAGCGGCUUCAGCGGUCCCGCCAGUCGCGGAAACUCCGGCAACUCCAGAAUACGCGCAAGGACUAGCCUCGAUAAAUCCACCGGCUACACCGGUUGCACCACCAGUGGUUACGGUGCAAUCUUAUGUCGCGCCUAGUACGCCAAGCAGCAUUUCAGUUACGACCGCACCACAAACACCUACCACAUUAACUACUCCUACAACGCCCACUGCUGUAUUACCAGUAGUAGUUUCAUCGACGGUGAUAGCACCUGUAGAAAGUACACCUGUUGCUGUGCAAACAGUCAGACCAGCUCAAACAGUCACACAGAUACGUAUACAGACUACUGCACAACCUAAUGCAGCAGCUAAUACAAGAAAAGGCCUGUCUCUUACGCGAGAGCAAAUGUUGGAAGCACAAGAAAUGUUUAGAACUGCAAAUAAAGUAACACGUCCAGAAAAGGCUCUUAUCUUAGGUUUUAUGGCUGGGUCUAGGGAUAAUCCUUGUCCAAAAUUGGGCAAUAUAGUUACAGUAAUGUUAUCAGAAAAUAUAGAAGAAGUGACGCAAUCGGAUGGCACAACCGUUCCGAUGUUAGUCGAAACUCAUUUCCAAAUGAAUUAUACAAAUGGCGAAUGGAAAAGGAUAAAAAAGAAUCGACGUAUUGUGACAGAGGAGUCCACGUCAGCGUCCACUCCUGCGCCGAGUGCGACUGCCACGGCUUCCAAUUGAAAGAACUUGUUCAAAUUGAUAUAAUAUGUAUAAGAUCUAUAUAUGAAAAUAUUGUUUUGUGUGGUUAUUAAGAAAUAACGCACAUUGUGUGAUCAUUCGUCUUCUUAGCGAAAAAGAUAAAGACGAUAAGUUGCUAAUUAAGAGCUGAUUCAUGUUUCAUAAGGUCUAACAUAGAAUUGUUAUCAAAGUU